UCUUCGGAAGGGAGCUCAUCCUGCCCAGCUGCUCUGCCCAAGGGCUGUGACACAGUCCCAGCUCAGCUGAUCUCACUGGUUGGGGCAUGAAGAGAUGCAGAGCAGCCCUGCUGAGAAGGACUUGGUGUUGCAGCCAGAUGAGAGGCUGGACAUGAGCCAGCCAUGUGCAUCCAAAGGAGAGUGCCCAGCAGGUUGAAGGAGGUGAUUCCCCACCUCUGCUCAGAUGAACCUGCUGGUGAAGGUGGUGCAGCUUCCCAAGCCACGUCCAGGACUGAGGCUCUGGGAGAUGCUGAGGGUGUGUCUGCAGGGAGGACUUCUCCAGCUCCUUUGCUGAUUCCUACACAGAAGCCUGGCAACCAUCGCAGGGGUCCUCCGAGGGGGAAGGACCAAGCUACAGGACACCAGAAACCCCAUGAUGCAUCCGAAAACAUGAGGCAAAUGCUGAAGGAAAUGCAGCAGGCAGAGGAAGAAGUGGAUGCAGAGGCUGGACAUAAGGCGGCGUUUCCCAGAGGAAGCAGUGGUUCCGUGCCAGCCUCUGCUGCAGGAAGAGAGGCGAUGCCAGGCACAGGCACAGGAGAUGAGGGUGCUGGGAAGGCUUCUCCAUCAGCUUGGAUGAAGAAAGUUUUGAAGCCCUUGGAGCCUCCUGCAGAUGUGUCUACAGGGAGGACUUCUCCAGCUUCUCCAGCUCCUACCUUGGAUGCUAUACGCAAGCCCAGCUCCCAUCACAGUGGUACUCCAACAGGGAAAGUCCAAGAUAGAACAGAUAAGAUAUCCCUGCAACCAUCCAAACAGAUGAGGCAAGAGCUGAAGGAACCCCUGCAGACAAGGCAAGAGAUGGGCAUAGUGCUUCAGUGGAAGGUGGCAUUUCUUGAAGGAAGCACUCCAUCUUCGGUGCCAGCCCCUGCUGCAGGAAGGAAGGCGAUGGCAGACACGGGCACAGGCAUAGCAGACUGGGAUGCUGGGACAGUUCCUCCAUUAGCCUGGCACUCUGAAGUUGUGAUGCCCUCCAAGCAUUCAGCAGGCGUGUCUGCAGGGACGACCUCACCAACUCCUACCUUGGAUACUGCACAAAAGCCCAGCUCCCAUCACAGGGGUCCUCUGACAGGAGAGACCAAAGACAUGGCAGGCAAGAAAUUCCAGGACCCAUUAGAAAUCAUGUGGCAAAUGCUGAAGGAAUGUCUGCAGAGGAGGCAAGAAAUGAAAGGAGAGCCUGUGCAGAAGGAAGCAUUUCGUGGAGGAAGCAGUGGUUCCGUGGCAGCCUCUGCUGCCGGAAGAGAGGCCAUGCCAGGCACAGACACAGGAGCUGAACCUGCCGGUGAAGACCCCACAUCCAGGACUGAGGCUCUGGGAGAUGCUGAGGGUGUGUCUGCAGGGAGGACUUCUCAGGCUCCAGGGCUGGAUGCUUGGCCCCAACCCAGCUCCCAUGGCAGGGGUCCUCCAAAAGGAAAGACCCAAGAUACUGCAGCCAAAACAUCUCAUGAGGCAGAUGAAUUCCUGAGACAAGCACAGAAGCAAGCACCCCGAGGACAAGAUGCAGCCGGCAUCACAAGACCUGUUCCCAAUGCCCAGGAUGGCCUCGGAAGGGGUUUCUGUCAGGGAAGAGGCUGCUGGCUAGGGUUACUGGCAGGCGUGCUUUCUUUGGAGCUUGUCUUCAUGUUGUGCUGCUUUGGAAUCGGGUAUUCCUGGAACAGAAAACAGAGCACCUCUCCCACUUCACAAGACCAGCCUAAUACCUCAGCCAUGGAGAACUUGGCCUGUCAUCAUGCAUCUCCGUGCCAGUGUCCGUUGUCCUUACCACAGGUGUAUUACCAGCUUGUAGCUGGAAGUAUGCUACAACCACUGCCUAGAACAGAUCCGUCUCUCCCUGAAGGGAAUGACCUAGCUGCCCAUCCAGGAUAGGAGGUGCAGCCCUCUAGCCAGGGAAUGGAUUAUUCGAAAAGUUAUAUUUGCUUGUAAAAAUUUUAGAUGUUUAUUAAAAACCUUAUUAGAAAUAUAACAGGACACUGAAUAAAGACAAUGUUACUGUGCCGGGAGUAGAGGAUUUUUCCCACCACAUUCUCAUGCACGCAAUGGAGGUCUCACCUUUUAAC